AUGGAUAAGACAUCCCAAUUACUAAAGAAGCUCAAGCCUUCUUCAAAUACAGUCGCUCCCAUCAAAUCAUCAUCACCAAAACACAUUCCAAUCACAACCCCUGCCAAGUUGACAGUAGCUCAAAAGGAAGCUGCUCUUCCCUUCCUCAACGAAGAGCCCGUCAAAACCAAAUCAUCCAAAGCCAAGGCAUUGGGCCGUUUCUUUAAAAAGGUGGCACACAAGAAAGACGCCAGCAAACUAUCCACCAAAAAGACACAGUACAAGCUCACCUUCAUCCCCAUCAUCAAGAAAAAAGACACAGCCGAGCCAGUCAAAGCAGCAGCAACAGAGAUUGUCUGGUACGACAAUGAUUCCACUGCCCCUGAAUCAGUGGUAGAGCAAGAAGCCACUAUCAUGGACGGUCACAAUGCUUCUUGCAACACAAUGGAAUUACCUCACCAAGAAGCUGCUGCUUCCAACGCCAGUGACUCUCUUUCAAUGUCUUCUUCCGUUUUCGAAACUGAUAACUCUGCUAUUGAAUAUGCUCAGCGCAUCUGGGACGAAGAUGACACUGUCUACGCCAAUUUAGGCCAUGUUGUUGAAUGGAUUGGCAACGGCAAAUCGUUAAGCAAUGCCAUCCUAAAAGCCUACAUGGCACACUUUGAUUUCAAGACGCUCAAGCUCGAACAGGCUUUCCGCAACUUGUGCUCCAAACUUCAUCUCAAAGGUGAAACUCAACAAAUUGAUCGUAUCCUCUCUGAAUUCGCUGGUCGUUACUUUGAGUGCAAUCCCAACUGUAUUUUUGGUACAACAGAUGUUGUACACGCUAUUGUAUAUUCCCUGUUGCUCUUAAACACCGAUCUGCAUGUUGCUCAAGGCGAUUACAAGAAGAUGUCUCGAUCUGAAUUCGUCAAGAACACGAUGGAAGCCAUCUAUGCUCAAUUGGAUACUCCUGCAUUAGGAGAGAAGGAAGAAGAGAGCAUGCUUUCUGAUGACCAUAGAGCAAGCGGCCUUUCCUUCCAGUCCCUUGAUUGGAUCCCUUUGCAACGCACCCCCAGCAAUCAGUCUGCUUUUAGCUCAAGAUCUUCUGCUUAUGCUCAAUCGCUCGAUUCACCCAUGCCUCGCAACUUGCCUGCUUGGACUUUUGGCUCUAAAUCAUGGCAAAUCGAGGUCAAGAACUUGCUCAAGCAGAUGUAUUCCAAUAUCCGCCAUAGUCAGAUUACCAAUCCUUCCUCUCCUCCCGCUUCCUUGCACAACAACAACCGCAUGAGUGCUGCUUUCAAGCGCAGUGUAGGUACCAUCAUCUGGAAGCGUGAUUCCAUAGUGCAAAAUGAUGCGUCCAACUCUAUCGCUCCCUCCACCACAUCUGUGCAAUCAUCUAGCUCUGUCUUGCAAUAUCAAACCGUUGCUUCUCAUCUCCAAACCCAAUUGCCUACUGCCUACACCAGCAAUGCGCCCUACUACAAAGAGGGUAUGGUGGUUCGCAAGCAUCUUUUGGAAAAAACCAACCAAAAGGCAAAGCACCGUGAUUGGAAGGAUUGUUUCAUGGUCAUUGAACGUAGUCAGCUCCGUAUGUACAAGCUGGAUAACUCUUCUGCUACUGAAUCUCGCACCAUCACCAAGCGCAGCCUCAUUCGCAACACUCUCUUGUCCAAAUCUUCCAACUUGUCUGAUUCUGCUUCUCAGCUGUCUGACUCUAGCUCAACUGCUGAAGUCGUUGGUGGUGGUGACUGGAUGUCCAAUGCUCAACUCAUGGGCGCCAUUGAUCUCAAGCACACUCUUGCUAAUGCUCUCCCAUCUGGCUACAGUCGCCAACGCCAACAUGCCUUCGCUCUCCAACAAUCUAGCGGAGCAGUCUAUCUCUUCCAAGUUGGAUCUGAGGAACAAGUGCACGAAUGGGUCUCUACUUGCAAUUACUGGGCUGCUCGUGAAAGCAAGGAACCUUUAGCUGGUGGUGUCAGCUCCAUGGAAUAUGGUUGGGGUCACUGUUUGGAAUCUCAAGAUAAUGUCAUUGUUCAUGAAUGGCAAGCACCUGUGCCCCCGACCAUGAGCAGUUUAUUAGAAGAGUCUGCUCAAUUGGCUACUCUUCACAAGCAUGUUCAGGAGUUGUCUGCUGAAUUGGACCAACAUCGUGAUAUCAAGCCAAAGAUGGAAACCCGUUUUGCUUCUUGCAAGUCCUCAGGAGUCAAGGCUAUGUCCAACUGGGAAAACAAAUCUCACUACCUCUUGCAUGAAAUCAUCAAGUAUCAAAACUACUGUGAUUCCAUUGAAAAGUCUCUUGCUCUUCAGAACAAGAUCAUGUCUGCCUAA